UAAUGUUUUGGGUGGUGAAAACUGCGCUUUUAGUACGGACAUCGUCUGCAUAACGGACGACGACAAUAAUUUCCUGCAAUCAUUUAAUAACUUCAAUUUAAACUCAUCUGCUUGACUGAUUCGGUGUGUUCGUUUCGUAAUUUUUCUGAAAUCAAUUGAAACGUCGCAUCGACCUUUGUAUUAAAACUAAACAAUAAAAAAAUUAAUGUGCAAUUUUCUCUCACAAACCGUCAUUAUUUUGUCGUUAAGGUUUUUAACGUUAUUCAAUUCGGUCGGCCUCCAAACCGUCCGGAUUUGUGUGCGGCCUCACCUCGCCUCAGUUAUUGUGGUGUCUCAGGAUGUACUGUUGGGCCCUAGGCACAGAUCCCCCCUAAAACAAAACCACCCAGUUUGGUGCCCACUUUAACAACAAUUUUUAUCAAAACACCUCAGAUAAGAGAACGUAAUCCACGAUAAAUAAGCCGGGCCUCAUAAUUGCAGGUAUCAGUUCAAGUGCAGUCGGUUUUAAAAUAGACCCGGUUAAUGGGUAUUAUUAGAACUUGGAAGACUUCCACGUGAACAUAAAAAAUCAUUAUUUUCCAUUGGAUUUGGAGGAUUCCGGGCUGGGCGUGUUGGUUGCCCGGCGCAUCCGCCACAAUUUGCACGUGCCUCCUUCAUUGGAACGGUCACGAACUGUUACCGCACAUGAUUAUGAUUACAAUAAUCAUCGGUUUUUUAAUUGGUCCCAUUUUUUAUGUAUCGGUUUUGCUUUUUCGGGCGGUUUAAUUUCUGUUCUCCUCGUUUUUUCUAUCAUUUAUUUAUUUUGAAUUAUUUUGGUUUUGGAUGUUCAGUGUGACGUUUUGUUCCCUUUGAUGUACGUGGUCUAACUUUUUUUGGCACCAUUUUUCUCCGUGAUAUUUCGCUGCCCUUAAGCGACUUUUUUCUUGCCCAUAAAACCUGACUUUUUCACAUGAGUUUAUAAUUAGAAUGGUUUAUUUUAUUUUGAAUGUCAAGUCCGUAUGGUAGUCGAGUCGAUUUAAUUUUAGACCUCGUAUGUCGGGCAAAUUCAAAUUGGUCAUUAUUUUAUGGGCUAGCAUCUCUUUGAGAGAGAGACAGAGAGAAAGGGUGAAAAAAACCACUUUCGACAAAAUCCGAAUUCGAAUCGCAACCCCGUGUAUCACGAGAUCCGUUCGACUCGAAACUAGAGAGGGUCGGAGACGGACUGGUGUUGUGGUGGUCAAGUUGGAAACGUUUUUGGGGGACACAAUCGACAGAGACACGCAAUUCGAUUGGACGUCGGGACGCGUGUUAAGCGAGUCUGUCUAUCGAUUUGGCCACGAACUGCGCCCCGUCGCACAACUUAAAACUCGCAGUUCAGUCGAAUCGGGGUGCGAAUACGGAGGCAGAAGGGCUGAAGACGGCUGAACCAGCGCCUUUUCACUUUUAAAGGGCGUCGUCCUACUAAUGCCGAUUUGUUGUUCCAUCCAUUUAGUUGUAGUGUCGUUUGUAAACGUGUUUUCGAUU